CUUGCACAACAGGCUAAUUGUGCAACUUCAAGGUAGACGGUUGUAGGCUCCUACGCAGAAUUGUAUAAUUUGUCUCUACAGCUGGUGGCUGUUGUGUUCUGGCCAGAAACAGUCUCUUUAAAGAAAAAUCCGCAAACAUGGGAGAGUGGGGAUUCCUGUCAUCACUGCUGGACAAGGUGCAGUCACACUCCACGGUCGUGGGUAAAGUUUGGAUGACCGUCCUGUUUAUCUUUAGGAUCAUGGUCCUGGGUGCCGGGGCAGAGAAGGUGUGGAGCGAUGAGCAGUCUAAUAUGAAAUGCAAUACCAAACAGCCCGGCUGUAAGACCGUGUGCUACGACCACGCCUUCCCCAUCUCCCACAUCCGCUUCUGGGUCCUUCAGAUCAUCUUUGUCUCCACCCCAACUUUGGUGUAUCUGGGACAUGUCAUGCACGUCAUCCACAAGGAGAACAAACUGAGGCAACGGCUAAGUCAGGCAGGCAAUGAGAUGGGGAAAAUGCCUAAGUAUUCUGAUGAGAAGGGUCAUGUCAAAAUCAAAGGUGACUUGUUGGCCAGUUACAUGGUCAAUAUCUUCUUCAGGAUUUUGCUGGAGAUAGCAUUUAUAGUGGGUCAGUAUUACUUGUAUGGGUUUGUGCUGGACCCCAAGAUUGAAUGCAGCAGAGCUCCCUGUCCGUUCACUGUAGAAUGCUUCAUGUCACGACCAACAGAGAAGACCAUCUUCAUCAUCUUCAUGCUGGUGGUGGCGUGCGCAUCUCUGCUGUUGAAUGUGGUGGAGAUAUUCUAUCUGAUCUGCUCCAAGUGUGGUUCUGGCUCAAGAAGACGAGCCAAAGCAGUUCCAGCCAUCGCAGUCCACAGCUGUCUGGAUGGAGGCAGUAUGAUGCAGAACGAGAAGAUGAGUCUUCAUGCAACUGGUCACAGCACAGCCUGAAGUCACUGAUCACCAAUCAACUAUUGUAAACACUAUUGACAUUUCUGUUGAUAUACAGAGGAAGAAUGCCACUAAAACUGUCAGCCCUACAAUAAUGCAGGGUCUUAAAGGCCCAGUAAAGUAAAAAAUGUGAAUUUCCUGUGUUUUAUAUGUAUUUUCACACUAUGAGGUUUGACUAAUGCAGUGAACUUGUGAGAAUAAUGAUAUGCCCUUUCAGUGUAAGAGCUGUUUGAAAUGGCUGCCUGAAAUUGGAGUUCGGAUGGAGUUUUGACCUUCCACAGUGACAUCACCAUGCGGUAAUUAGUUAAAUAGACCAAUAAGAAAGAGAGUUCCAAAUGUCGCUAACAGCUAAUUUUCAGUUUUUCCCUCCCUACUCAGACCACACCCAGACAGUCCUAGCAAAAUUAUUGCUUGAGAAAUUGUUCUUUGCUAAGAAGUUAUUUUUGUUUAUUUUUGACCAUUUACAUUGAAAACAAUCACAGUAAGGUACCUCAUUGAAAUUAUUGAUAUAAAUAAAUAAUUAGAUAAAAACAAAUGCAUUGGACCUUUAAGAUUAUUUUUAUAAUUGUAUACAUUGUUUUGGUUAUUUGAACCCACACUGUCCUAAAGUGACACAAAAAAAUGGUUUCAGAAAAUAUUUGUCAAUUUCAUCAUGUGAAUAUGUCAAUUUGAUUUUGUAAUUUAUUUAUGUUUUUAUAAAAUAAAAUAAAUGUGAGCAUUGA